AUGCAACCAAAUUGCAUCAAAGAGGCAUCCAAAUCCUGCCUCAGCUCUUGCUGGGUAAAGCCUCUGCCCCAUAGCUCCCCUCCCAACUCCGGGACCGAUCCUCGCCAAGACUUUAAUUCAGCCAUACUCUCCUCCAUCCAACCAAAUACCUAUUUCACCAACCAUGAAUCCCUCCCGUCAUUGCAAGAGAUGUUCACCAGCCUGAACAAUGCAAUCCCGAGCUACUCAAACACCGUCCUUGCAGACCAUAUUCGAGCCUUGGAGUAUAGUCAUCUGGCAAACCAUGUCUGUCUCGACUAUACCGGCCACGGGCUGUUUUCAUACUCCCAACUUUACGGCUCGGUGCCAUAUUCCGAAACUGCCUCAUCAUCAUCAAGUGCUGCAGACGCCGCCCCCUUCUUCGACAUCUCAUACAGCUCAGAGAACUUGAAUUCUUACCUGAUCAAUAGAAGCUGCCAAGAAUCAGAAUUCCAAAGGCUGGUGCGAAAACGAAUCAUGAGAUACAUGAAUGUGUUUGAAGAGGAUUACUGGUUAGUGUUCACAGCCAACCAAUCAACAGCAUUCAAGCUCCUGGCAGAUGCUUACCCUUUCCACUCCAAUCAAGAGCUUCUCACCAUGUACGACUACGAGAACGAAGCCGUGCAAGCCAUGAUCGAAAGCUCCAAGAAACGAGGAGCCAGAGCUCAAUCAGCUGUGUUCUCAUGGCCUAACCUGAGAGUCAAUUCUGGAAAACUAAGAAAAGUCAUUGUCAAAAAGAGCAAGCCCAAAAACAGGGGCCUGUUUGUCUUCCCACUCCAAUCCAGAAUGUCUGGAUCAAGAUACUCCUACCAGUGGAUGAACCUGGCCAGGGAAAACGGUUGGCAUGUUCUGCUUGAUGCCUGUGCUUUAGGAGCCAAGGACAUGGAAACCCUAGGCCUCUCCCUUUUCCAGCCCGAUUUCCUCAUCUGCUCAUUCUUCAAAAUCUUCGGACAAAACCCAUCUGGAUUCUGCUCCCUGUUCAUAAAAAAAUCCACUGUCCCACUUCUCAAUCCAUCCUCCACCACCAUGGGAAUCGUAAGCAUUACCCCUGCACUCACCACUAAUAAUGACCCCAAGUCCCUGCCCCUGCCAUUGCUAACGUCUGAGAUAGUAGAAAUGGGCAGCAAGGAAAUCGAAUUCCGGGGCCUGGACCACGCGGACAGGCUGGGCCUGAUUCUGAUCAGCGUUAGGGUUAGGUGCCUGGUGAACUGGCUGGUGAACGCACUGCUCAGUCUACAGCACCCACAUUCUGGGAAGGGGCAGGCCCUGGUGACCAUCCUGGGUCCCAGAAUUAUGCUCGACAGAGGCCCCGCCAUCGCCUUCAACGUGCACGACUGGAAAGGGGAACGGGUCGACCCGAAUUUGGUGCAGAAGCUAGCCGGGCGGAACAACGUUUCCCUGACAAUAGGGUUCUUGGAGAACGUGUGGUUGAAGUCGGAGAAGAAGAAGAAGAAGAAGAAAAUGAGGAGGAAGAAGAAAGGGGGGCUGUGGGCGGCUUCGAUUUGGGUUGGAAUGAUGAAUAAUUUUGAGGAUGUGUAUAAAGUUUGGAGAUUCGUUGCCAAGUUUUUGGACGCCGAUUUUAUGGAGAAAGAGCGGUGGCGUUACACUGCCAUUGAUCAGUCCACUGUAGAGGUCUGA